AUUAGCUUUUAUAUAAAGAUUCAAACAAAGGAGGUGUGUGCAAGAGAUGGAAGAAGAUAAAGGAACUGUGUGUGUGACUGGAGGUACUGGGUUCAUAGCUUCGUGGCUGAUCAAGAGGCUUCUUCAAGAGGGUUACUCUGUGCGUACCACUGUUAGACCUGAUCCUGAAAACAAAAGAGACCUUUGUUUCCUCACCAGUCUGCCGGGGGCAGCCGAGAAGCUCAAGAUAUUCAGUGCAGAUCUUAGUGAUCCCCACAGUUUCGAUGCGGCCAUCGAGGGGAGCAAAGGAGUGUUCCAUGUCGCCACUCCGGUCGAUUUCGGAAACGAAGAACCGGAAGAAACCGUAACGGAAAGGGCGAUCAGCGGAGCACUAGGCAUCUUGAAAUCAUGCUUAAAAUCGAAAACAGUGAAGAGAGUUGUCUAUACUUCUAGUGCAUCCGCUGUUGUUUUCAACGGCCAGGAUCUGGACAUGUUGGAUGAGAGUUUCUGGUCUGAUGUGGAUUUCAUUAGAGGAAUAUUACACCCUAGCACACGUUCUUACAUGAUUUCCAAGACUUUGACAGAAAGGGCAGCGCUUGAAUUUGGUGCACAACAUGGAUUGGACGUGGUGUCUGUGAUUCCUAGUUUUGUUGUUGGUCCUUUCAUAUGCCCCAAGUUCCCUGGUUCAGUGCGGUCAGCAUUGGCUCUCGUCUUAGGAGAGCAGCAUGGAUAUAGUGCCCUUCUAAACACACCCAUGGUGCACGUUGAUGACGUGGCAAGGGCACACAUCUUCCUGUUUGAAUAUCCUGAUGCAAAGGGGAGGUACAACUGUUCUUCAUACAGGAUGAGUCUUCAGGAGAUGUCUGAAUUUCUUUGUGCCAAAUACCCAGAAUUCCCUAUUCCGACACCAGAAUCCUUAGCAGAAAUCAAAGGUCAGAAGUAUCCUGGCUUGUCAUCAAAGAAGCUGUUGGAUACAGGUUUCAAAUUUAACUAUGGGGUGGAGGAAAUGUUUGAUGAUGCUAUCAACUGCUGCAAGGAAAAAGGAUUUCUCUAGUUCAAAUAUAAAAAUUGUGUUAAUUUGAAUCUAAAUAAGCUUGAAAACCACAAUCAAAUGUAUGUUUGUAGGGGCUCUUUUUUCCCCCUUCUACAAAAUGAUUAUGUUAUGCUAUGCAGGCUGCAGCUAAAUGUUCUAA